GUCCCGCCUCUGCUGCGGCCGCAGCCAAGCACUUGGCCGGGUCCAGGAGAGGUGGGCGGCGGAGGGCCUCGGUGCACCAAGCCCCCGGUUUCGACCGUGCAAGGUGUUCGGGCCAGGGGCGCGAGAUCCGAUUCCGGAGCUGCCAUGAUUGAAGUAGUAGCAGAGUUGAGCAGAGGUCCUGUGUUUCUGGCGGGGGAAGCGCUGGAGUGUGUGGUGACUGUCACCAACCCCCUGCCGCCUACGGCCACGUCUGCAUCCAGUGAGGCUCUGGCUUGGGCCAGUGCUCAAAUCCACUGCCAGUUUCAUGCCAGUGAGAGUCGAGUAGCCCUGCCUCCCCCUGACUCCAGUCAACCAGAUGUCCAGCCUGAGAGCCAGACUGUCUUUCUACCACACCGAGGUGAGAGGGGUCAGUGUAUACUUUCCACUCCACCAAAAAUCCUGUUCUGUGACCUGAGGCUAGACCCUGGAGAGUCCAAAUCAUACUCCUACAGCGAAGUGCUGCCUAUAGAGGGACCACCCUCCUUUCGGGGUCAGUCAGUGAAGUAUGUCUACAAACUGACCAUUGGCUGCCAGCGCGUCAACUCCCCCAUCACUUUACUCAGGGUCCCACUGAGGGUUCUUGUGCUGACUGGCCUUCAAGAUGUCCAGUUUCCCCAGGAUGAGGCUGUAGCCCCAUCCAGUCCAUUCCUGGAGGAGGAUGAAGGUGGGAAGAAGGAUUCAUGGCUCGCCGAGCUGGCUGGGGAGCGCCUCAUGGCUGCUACAUCCUGCCGCAGCCUCCAUCUGUACAACAUCAGUGAUGGCCGAGGAAAAGUGGGGACGUUUGGCAUCUUCAAAUCUGUAUACAGACUCGGCGAGGAUGUAGUGGGGACCUUGAACUUAGGGGAAGGAACUGUAGCGUGUUUGCAGUUUUCAGUAAGCUUACAGACCGAGGAGCGUGUGCAGCCUGAGUACCAGCGGCGCCGUGGGGCAGGGGGUGCCCCCUCUGUGUCUCAUGUGACCCAUGCCCGGCACCAGGAGUCCUGCCUGCAUACCACCAGAACCAGCUUCUCCCUCCCCAUCCCCCUCAGCUCCACCCCAGGCUUCUGCACAGCCAUUGUAUCCCUGAAGUGGCGUUUGCAUUUUGAAUUCGUGACAUCCCGGGAGCCAGGGUUGGUGCUCUUACCUCCCACGGAACAGCCCGAGCCUGUCACCUGGACGGGGCCUGAGCAAGUGCCUGUAGACACCUUCAGCUGGGACCUCCCCAUCAAGGUGCUGCCUACAAGCCCUACCUUGGCCUCCUAUGCGGCCCCAGGUCCCAGCACCAGCACCAUAACCAUCUGAAACUGGCCCACGUGGCACUGCUUUCUUCCGGAUACUGAGAACUCAGCACCUGGACUCUAGUAGGACCCGUUUUUUCCACCUGGGGUCCAGCGGCACAGACAAUGAAAGGCAGGCUUUCAGCUGUAGCAUUAACUUAUUUAUUCAGAAUAAAUUGGCAGCUGCUAGUGGUUUCCCUGGAAGUGGCAGCAGCAGUGGGGGGUCUGCAGAAGGGCGAUCAGUUGAGUUUAGCUGGAGUGGGGAGCAGGAGCCGCAGGAGCAGGGGUGUUAGCCGAGCCCCAGUCUAGGUCGGGCCCGCCCCCUUUGCAGGGCAGCCGGGGGUCAGAUUUUUGCACCAGGGAGAACUGGCAGGUUCCUGCCUCCUGACGUACUUCACACCCAGCGGGGAAGUCAAUAGGAUGCUGGGACCUGUGAAACCAAAGGAUGGGGAAGGAGUCAAGACAGCAAAGAUCCACCUUUAUCCCUGCCCUUCAUCUCCCCUCUCCCAGCAUUCCUCUCAUAUCUUCCCCCAGUGCGCCCUGUCCCCCGUAACUGAACGCUUGCCUACCAUAUAUGGAUUCUUUUGGUUGCAUAGCAGGAAUAUUUUCCUCCAGAUCCACCCCGACUUCCCGCACUUUGUAGCCUGAAGCCUUUUCUCUCACAUUCUUUAUGGUACCUUCAGGUUUGGCCAGCCUCACACUGCUACUCUGUCCACUGUCACAUCACAGCAGCCUAAGCACCCCCUGGCCAGCUCUCAGUCACUCAUGUCAGAGCUAUUCUCUCUGGCCAUCUUUGGUCACUCACGUGUCACAGCAGCCCACACCAACGGGAUGCAGACAGGUGCAAUGGAAACAGUCCUUGCGGAGCCAAGACUCCCCCAGGCUGAAAUGUUUCCCUUCAUAGUGGCAGGGGGCUAGGGAAGAAGAGGCCCUGUUAGAGUGCGGGAGCGGAGGAAGUAAGGGUACACUGCCCCCCAGGUUGAGUCUCCUGGUUCCCAGCAGGAGGGAGGCUGGGUUUUUUGACACGGGGUCAUCUCUGAGCCCCCUCCUCCCAGUGCCCUCUGCUCCUGUCCUUCCCUUGUGCCUCACCCAACUUUACCUUGAGCUUGGAAGUAGCACUUGCUGUGGACUCCUGGAUGCUGGAGGAGCAGAGAUAUCACCAAGCAGAUGACCCCCCAGCCGCCCAGGGUCCCUUUAGCCUGUCCAGCCCAGAGCAUCCUUAGGGCCAUUCCUGCAGUAGCGCCCGUUCGGACCCUUCUUGGCUUCUGUUCGGGCUACCCUGGUCAGGUCUCCUUGGCUUGUCUUUGUUCUCUCUCUGAGUCUCAGCUUCUGUCUCUCUCCCCUGGGCUUCUGUCUCAUACCAUCUCCGUGCCCUCUGCUCUCAGAGGCUUGGGGAUGUUUAUAAAGUGAGGACCCUGGCCCCCUGCUGAGUAGAGCUGGAAAAGCUGUAACUCUGUUUCCUGAGGUGAGGGCAUGAAAACAAGAGGUCUCGCUUUAACAAGCUGUGAGAGCUGAUUCAUGCCCCCGCACAGCUAGGGGGAGGGAGGUGGCCAUGGAAGGGGCACUGGACUGGGCACUUCCCCAGCAAGAAGGCGGGAGGGGUGAGGGCCCCCAGGUGGUCCCCGGAACUCUUCCCUGACUUGGAGAGAAGGAAGCAUUCCACCAUCUUCCCCCCCCAACCCCCCGCUCCAUCACACAUACACACACACACACACUCCAGGGGUGUGUACGCUGGGAUCCCUGCCUGGACCGGAGGGAGGCAUUUCCUGGGGAUGGCUAAUCCUGUGCCCCAGCCAAACCGAGGAGAUGCAGUAGGGUGCAACGGCCAGCGGCUCCAGGAGAGCGGACAAGCACCUGGAGUGGAGAAUGUUUCAGACCCUAGGGCAUGGUCUCCUUGCAGUAUCCUAGAGACGUGGCUGCCCCUCAGAGAUUGGGGGUCGGGGCUGGGUCUUUCUUACGGGCAUCCCCGAGACAGAUUCCCUAUCCAUUGUUCAUCACUCCCAAACAUAGAGCAAAUAAAUACAGGAUCUCCCUGUACCUGGGGAUGUUUCUUUCAAAGAAGAACAUCUCUAAAUGCCCUGAUGGCAUGGGUCACUCCAGUUUCACAGAGGUACCACUCUUUUCUCCUAUAUAUUAUGGAAUGAGGAUUUAGGAACUUACCCUGUGACCUCCUCUUUUGGGUUUCCUGCAGGUUCUGGAGAACCCCAAGAUGGGUGAUUAAGACUAUGGGUUGUACUAUUUGGAUUCAGAUUUUUUUGUCUUUUUGCCUUUUAUAGGGCUGCUGCCGCGGCAUAUGGAGGUUCCCAGGCUAGGGGUCUAGUCGGAGCUGUAGCCACCGGCCUACGCCAGAGCCACAGCAACGUGGGAUCUGAGCCACAUCUGCAACCUACACCACAGCUCACGGCAACGCUGGAUCGUUAACCCACUGAGCAAGGGCAGGGACCGAACCCGCAACCUCAUGGUUCCUAGUCGGAUUCGUUAACCACUGCGCCACGAUGGGAACUCCUCAGAUCCUGAUUUUACUUAAGAGCUGUGUGACACUGGGCAAGUUAGUUCACCUCUCUAAACCCGUUUCCUUGUCUGUAAAUUAGGACAGUAAUACUAACUCAUAGGGUUGUCGAGAGGAUUACAUAGAUAAUGCACAUAAUGCUUUUGGCACUGCCCCUGGCACCUAGCCCCCCAAAAGAGGAAUUCCUGUGGUUGGUGCUAGAGCUCAGACACAAAAUCAUUAGCUGUUCCAUUCUUUGAUGCUGAGCAGCUCUGGGUGGACAGUCGAGGGCUUUGUCAGGGUUGCUAUCUCCUGAUACAGACUUCUGCCCCUUUCAGACUUCUGCUCCAUGUCUUUCCUUCCACCUCCUCCAAAAACCUUCUCCAGGAACAUUUGGUUUUGGUCCUUGUAUCCUUGAGAUUCUAAAAUUCUGCUUUGAGAAACAAUGUUGCCGAUAAGCCUACUUUCCCUGGGUCAGUACCCUGGAAAAGGUAUCACUUUUUUCAUCCUUCCAGCUACCUUUAGGACUCCUGCUUUUUCUCAUUCGGAUUCUGAUCCAUUUCUUCCCAUCCUCACUCAUGUGAACUCUCACGUUCUUCAUUCUGAUCCGUCUCAUGCUGGCCAUCUCUUUGGGACUACUAAGGGGCCCUGGCCAACCUGGCUUUCUUUCACUUUUCCACACUCCAAAGACCCCUGUUCCAGCUAUUCCCCGCCCACCCACAGGGUCAACCACUUUGGCAUUUAUUCUUUUCCCUUCUAUGUCUCCAGUUCCAUGUACUCCAAGACUCCCACUCCCUGUCACCCAGUGGCUUCUGGCUGACUUUUUUAGAGGGCUACCCUUUCUCUCACCUCCCCACCAUUCUUUCAGAAACAACUUCAUCAGUCCACCUCAGACUCCCAGACCUCUUCCAAGAAGACAGCUUAGGUGGCUGGAGAUGCAGACUGCAUUUCACCUUCUCCCUAGUCAGGUCUGAUACCCUUUCCAUUUCAGAGGAGCACCAAGAGGAAAAAGAACACUCAUGGAGGGCGUAGGGUGCCCUGAUAUAGGCUGGUGUGUGGAAGGCAUGGCCUUGGAUUGCUCUCAGCUGGAGCAGGUGGGUUAGAAGGCCUGACUAGCACAAGGGCCCAAAGAUCUUGUUAGUGGUGGGGAGCUCAGGUGCUGCCCUUAUAGGGGCACCAGCUGACACCCUUGGUGUUUGCCCCGUAGACUACCUUCUGUUCCUGCAAGUGGGUGCCAACCAGAGAGGGGGCGGACUGGAGUGAGGCGCUUAGAGAGCUUGAAGGUGAUGGUGGCGAGGCUUUAGGCAGAGCGGGCUGAAUGAGGAGGAGUGUGAGGUCAUGGGACAGGGAGAGGGGAAAGGGACCCGCCUGUGAUGAAGAUGAGGUGAUCUUACAGGGGCAGGCAUAGGGGGCUUCUGGAAAGGAAGCCUGGGGCGGAGCCGGGCGUCCUCUCCCAGAAGGUGGGGCUGGGGGGUCGGCAAGGAGGUGUUGGUCGAACCCGCUUCUUGCAGGGCUGCUGGUGUGCGCGCGUGCGUGCGUCUGUAGAGCUUCUUGGGGCCAGAAGCCACGCUUGAGGGCGCGCGGGCGGGGAGGGGGCGGUUGGCGCGCGCUGCCCACGCGGGAACAGAAAAACAUCCGCCGGAGGCCCGGCCGGGCGGCGCUCCAACCGAGCCGGGCAGGUGCGCGGCGAGGAAGUGAGCGCAUUCCGACCCCCCGGCCGCCGGGCCCCCCUCCGGUGAGUCACUCACCGCCGACCCCCGCCCGUCGCGGCCGGAUAGGAGGGGCGGCAGCGGCUCGGAGCCUUGGGGGCUCGAGCCCCGAGGGGAAGCGGGGUGGGGAGAACGCCCGAGAGAUGGAGGGGCAGGGACCUGAGGGGUCCGGGCCCGCAGGCACAGGCACGAAACACCUUAUGGUCGUCUACGGACCUCAGAGCUCGUGCCUGCACCAAGGCUGGCGGGCGAGCCCGGUAGAACAUUAGCACUAGAGGGAGAGGGGUCCCAGGGCAAAAGCGGAGAGACCCCGAACGGGGAGGGGGGAGAAGUGUGGGGCUCUGGAGCCAGAGCUCUGGGUUGCAAGGGCUGCGCCAGUGUAGGCCUGGGCCAGCCAGAGCCUUGGCUGGAAAGAGCUUCCAGCGAGGUGGGAAGGGGGCCAAUCCCCAGAGAUAAGGUCUGUCGGAGGCCUGUGCCCGCGGAGAGUGAGGGAUAAGUUAGGGAGUAGUGGGGAUCGGUAGAGGGUAGGGCUCUGAGUACCGUGAUGACUAGGUCGUUAAAGGCUUUGAAUGCCGAGGUGAGGAAAUCAGAUUUGGCCUCACAGGUGGAACUGACGGUCUCUGGAGCAGGAAGAGUAGUGAGGAGCUUAAAGGCGAGGUUAUCUGUGUCUAGCAUUACUGCCAAAGGAUCAGGCGUUGGUACUCUCGUUUUCAUAGUCAUUUGAAAUGACUGUAUUUAUCAAAACGAUGUAAGUAAUUUCGUAGAAUUUAAGAAAUAGAAAAGCUGAAAAAGCUGAUUCAGUAUUUGAUGUAAAAAUUCGUGUUGUGGUGCAGCAGAAACGAAUCUGACUAGUAUCUGUGAGGAUGUGAGUUCGAUCCCAGGCCUCCAUCUGCCACGGCUGUGAGCUGUGGUGAAGGUCGCAGUCGCAGCUUGGAUCCUACAUUGCUGUGGCUGUGCAGCUGUAGCUCCAGUUUGAGCCCUAGCCUGGGAACUUCCAUAUGCAGCAGGUGCAGCCCUAAAAAGCAAAAACAAAAUAAAACCAACCCCCCCCAAAAAAAACAAAACCCCAGAAAACCAAAGUGAGUCUAUCAAAAAAAAAAAAAAAAUCUGGUGAUGGUUCAGGGGGUUAAGAAACCAACAUAGUGCCUGUGAGGAUGCAGUUCGGUCCCUGUUCUCUAUCAGUCGGUUAAUCGGCCCCUGUUGCCACAAACUGUUUGCACAUGUGGCUGGGAUCCCAGGUUGCUGUGGCUGUGGCGUAGGCGAGCAGCUGAAUUUGACCCCUAGCCGGGAAACUUUCAUAUCCCGCAGGUGCGGCUGUAAAAAGAAGAAAAAGAGAACCAAAGUGAGGCUAUCAAGAUUAGUAAUAUGGAAUUGAAUCUUUUACUUUGUCUUGUUUUUGUGUUAUUUUUCCCCUCGCCGAAGUAUGGGAAUCCUGUGUUCGUGCCUGGGUUCUAUGUCAGUAGCAUAGCAGUUUGCCUCUCCCUGAUCUUAAGGGUUUUAUUUGUAACCUUAAUUUUUCUGUGCAGCCUUUUAAACUGCCUUAUGUAUUCUAAAUCCGGUCAAACAUUUCUUGGGGUGGAGGCAUUAGGUUACAGUACACCAAGAAGUAACUCAGCUUUACCAUAUAUGUUAGGUUUCUUAGUAUCUUCUCUGGACAUCUAUGUAACUAUACAGUUUCUGUAUUUACCCUAUGCUGAUAAAAAGGGCUAAAGCUGUGUUAUAGAAAUACUAUAAAAAGUGAUUUAUUA